GCUAAUCUCACUGUCGCUUCCCUUCACUCACUUCGGGCAGCGGAAUGGACUGAGAUGCCGCUGUGUGAGCUACAGCAACUCUACAGCCAUCCGAAGAAGAGGAAGAAGAAGAAGAAGAAGAAGUCAACGGAAAUACGGAAAUAACCAGAGAUGGACAACAGUGACGCGUAUUUACAUCUCGAUUCACCUGGGGCACUUAACUCCUCACUCUCACAGCCUCCAACAGUGGGCUCCAUGAUGGGUCACUCGUCCGUCAUCAGCACCUCACGUCAACUUCAUUCGGCUAUGGGCUACUCGGUCAUCACUUCCCCUUUGAACUCGCCUUCUGUCUCACUACCCUCCACACCUGCCAUGGGCUUUGGCGCCCUCAACAGCCCACAGAUGAACUCUCUGAACAAUGUGAGCAGCUCAGAAGAUGUGAAGCCUCCUCCUGGUCUCUUGCCUCUGGCCAACAUCAGUAGCUACCAGUGCACCAGUCCUGGCUCUAUGUCCAAGCACAUAUGUGCCAUCUGUGGUGAUCGCUCCUCAGGAAAACACUACGGUGUGUACAGCUGUGAGGGGUGUAAAGGUUUCUUCAAGAGAACCAUCCGGAAAGACCUGACCUACACGUGUCGAGAAAAUAAGGAGUGUCUGAUCGAUAAACGUCAGCGCAAUCGCUGCCAGUACUGUCGCUACCAGAAGUGUCUCGCCAUGGGCAUGAAGCGGGAAGGUGUGUGUGUGUCGGUUCAGGAAGAGAGGCAGCGUGGGAAGGAGAAGAGCGAUAAUGAGGUGGAGUUGACCAGCAGUUAUAAUGAAGACAUGCCUGUGGAGAAAAUCCUGGAUGCUGAGCUUGCAGUGGAACCCAAGACUGAAACACACACAGAUGACAGUCAGGGAAACUCUACAAAUGACCCAGUCACUAACAUCUGCCAGGCCGCAGACAAGCAGCUCUUCAUGCUGGUUGAAUGGGCUAAAAGGAUACCGCACUUCUCAGACCUUCCCCUGGAUAAUCAGGUCAUUCUACUUCGAGCAGGCUGGAACGAGUUGCUCAUCGCCUCCUUCUCACAUCGCUCGGUCACAGUAAAAGAUGGUAUCCUGCUGGCCACAGGUCUCCACGUGCACAGAAGCAGCGCACACAGUGCAGGAGUCGGCUCCAUUUUCGACAGAGUGUUGACUGAGCUAGUGUCUAAGAUGAAGGACAUGCAGAUGGAUAAGACGGAGCUAGGCUGCCUCAGAGCCAUCGUUCUCUUUAACCCUGAUGCUAAAGGCCUGUCGAACCCAGCUGAGGUGGAGGUACUUAGAGAAAAAGUAUAUGCCUCGUUGGAGUCCUACACCAAGCACAAAUAUCCCAACCAGCCGGGCAGGUUUGCUAAGCUGUUACUGCGUCUCCCUGCUCUGCGGUCCAUUGGACUGAAGUGUCUAGAGCAUCUCUUCUUCUUCAAGCUGAUUGGAGACACUCCCAUAGACACCUUCCUCAUGGAGAUGCUUGAAGCACCCCAUCAGAUAACAUGACAUAAGCCCCGCCUCCUCUUCCUUUUCUCUUUUGUAAAUACAUCCAUGUAAUAACUGGAAAAGAAUGAACUUGACAGAGGAUGUAAACUCCAUGUUUUGUACAAAGCACAGCCUAUGACUGUGGGAGAUGUGCAUAUGGGAAACGGGGCAGGGUGAGAAGAAGCUCAUCAAGAAUUAAAUUUGUUUGGAAAAUAAUUUUCUCUUGUAAAUAGAUCAUUUUCAGGCAUCCGGUCUAACAGCAAAACAGUGCAAGAACAUUUAUUUUGUUGAAAAAACAAACUACAGAAUUUCUAAAACUUGCAGUUCUGUCUGAAUAAAAUAUUUAAAUUUG